AUGUCCACUAUUUCGAACCCUUUACCAUUCACCAAUCCUCACGCCGAGCAAAAGUUCUACGCAAGAAGAAAAAGAUCCUUUGAUGAUCUAUUAUUGCCAUCUUUAAGUACCAGUUUGAACGCCCCAAUGACAUUAGAAGAAUCGCCAUAUUUCUUUGACGCCCGGAAAAAAUCUAAAACGGCGCCAGCCUCACCUUCUGGAUUCGUACAAAUCACGCCUACUACAUCACCAGUGUCCGCUUCAUCUAAUUCUUCCAUAUGGAGACAGACAGUAUGUGAGGGAAGCAGCAUUAGCAGCAACAGCAGUAACAAUAUUGGAAAAUCAACUCAACUGCCUUCCUGUUCACAACUACAGAAUGAGGUUGCGCAACCCUCGCAACCAGCACUACAACCAUUAAAGCAUCUAAAGUUAUUGGCACAUCCUAAAAUACAAGAGUUUUCGUACCUCUAUCCAGACACUUGUGCCUCCACGCCUCUAUGGAGGCAAAACUUAACAGAGUGGUGUAAGGAAACUAAUUACACUCAGUACCAAAACAUUACAGAUCAGGUAUCUCAAGCUAAUCCAAGAGCUGGUAAUUUUACUCAUGGAUUAAAUAUUUUAGCCGAUGCUGCUAGAAUAUCAUCGAUCAAUACUUCACCAGAUGAAUUCUAUCAACUUUCAAACACUUCAAGCUCCAGCAAAGUACUGGUAACCCCACCAAGUAGUCCUCCCAGACAAUUCACUUCUAUGAUCAGCGAAUCAUUAGUUAAAGCGGUAAAGAAGAACCGUUCCUCAAAACAUAAGAAGACCAACAGUUUUAAAGCAAGAAAACUGAAGAAGAUGCUGGAUCAACGCAUAUUGCUUACAUAUGAAGACAAAUUCGAAUCACAAAAGUCGGUAUUUAAGGCUAAUCCUGCACCACCAAAGACCCCUCCACAAAAGAAGAUUACACUAUCCACAACUCCAAAAUCUCUUCAAUCUCCCCAACAGAGAUUUCAUCCUAUUGUGAUCAACAGCGUGGAGGAUUUCGGCGAAAAGACUUCGGCGAACUCCAACUCAGAAGACGACACCGACCAAGAGCUAGUCCAAACAUCUCCCAAAAGCUCUCCAACACAAAGGCGUAACUCUCAUAGAUUUUGCGUUUCAUGUCACAUUACAGAUUCCCCGUGUUGGAGACCUUCUUGGUCUAAAAGCAAACAAGAUCAGCUUUGUAAUUCUUGUGGGCUCCGUUAUAAGAAGACCCAUACAAGAUGCACCAAUGAAACUUGCCGUAAAAUACCUUCAAAAGGUGAAUUGACACUUAUGAAAUCAAACAAGCCAGUUUCGAUUGAGGACGCUGACGGAAAUACUGAUUACAAAAUAGCAUGUUUGUUCUGCGGUCACGCCGUUGCUACUGACGAAUAG